GUUUACUUGUGUGAAAAGUUAUCUCUUAUCAAUGAGAUGUACUUUGCAAUCACUCUUGACCGUAAAACUGCUGGUCCGCUCAUUAUUGCCUGUAGGAAAGGUGGGACCAGCAUUGAAGACCUUGCAGAGAAAUUCCCUGACAUGAUCAUUAAGGUUCCUAUUGAUGUUUUUGGGGGAAUAACAGAUGAAGAUGCUGCUAAAGUUGUAGAUGGUUUGGCUCUCAAGGCAGCAGACAGAAAUUCUGCCAUAGAACAAGUGAAAAAGCUAUACAAACUUUUCUGCGAUUGUGACUGCACACUUUUGGAGAUCAAUCCCAUUGCCGAAACUUCUGAUAACCAAUUGGUAGCUGCUGAUGCAAAGUUGAACUUUGAUGAUAAUGCUGCUUUCCGCCAUAAAGAUAUAUUUGCUCUUCGUGAUUCUUCCCAGGAGGACCCUCGAGAGGUUAUCGCUGCCAAAGCAGAUUUGAACUAUAUUGGUUUAGAUGGAGAAAUCGGUUGUAUGGUUAAUGGUGCAGGAUUGGCAAUGGCUACAAUGGAUAUUAUUAAGUUGCAUGGUGGAACUCCUGCCAAUUUCCUAGAUGUUGGUGGGAAUGCCUCAGAAGGCCAGGUUGUGGAGGCAUUUAAAAUAUUGACAUCGGACGAGAAGGUGAAAGCUAUCUUGGUCAACAUUUUUGGAGGGAUCAUGAAAUGUGAUGUAAUUGCAAGUGGGAUUGUCAAUGCUGCCAAACAGGUUGAUUUGAAAGUACCUGUGGUUGUUCGUCUUGAAGGCACCAAUGUGGAUCAAGGGAAGAGAAUUUUGAAGGAAAGUGGAAUGGCAUUAAUCACUGCAGAAGAUCUGGAUGAUGCAGCUGAGAAAGCAGUCAAAGCAACUGCAAGCUAAGGGAAUCACUUGCUAUACCCAUGCCAUUAAUUAUGUCCAUUCAAAUUUUUGUAUCGCAAGUGAAAAAUGUUCAUUGAUUGAUUUUUCAUCGUAAAACAUUUUGUAGGUUUGUAAAAAUCAAGAUUCACGUGAAGAAGUGAAUUUAUAAGUCUUUUUUCCUGAAAACCCUGAGAGAGUACUUAAUAAAGCUGGCUGUUUUACAA